CUACAUUUUGGAAACCCUAAAUACAAACCGAUCUUUUUGGCGGCAGUAGUGUGGCGGGAUUUUGGAGCAUUUUCUUUGAAUAACUUCCCCACUGAUCUCUGACUCUAAUACAGUCGUCGAAUUUCCUCUCCGAUUUUUCACUCAAGUCCUUUCUGCUGAUUUUUGGUUACUAAAGUUCAUCCCUUUCUUCUAAACAACAUCUAAUAUUGAGUUUGUUUUUCUAUGAUUAGUUUUGAAUUCUCGCAAUUAUUUUGGUCCUCUAUUUAUUCAGUUCUCAGUGUUGAUUUGUCGGUUCAAUUUCGCUAAUUUCGUCAAAUUUAUUUUAGGGUUUCGAAAAAAUUUCUCGUCACCAUUUGCCUUGGGCAUUAGUAAUCACUGUGUUUUCCCCACAAAAUAAACGAAGGAUUUAUUGGGGAAAUUUAGGCAAACUUUUAAAGAAAAUCCAAUCAAGGGUUUUUUUUUUCUAUUGCCACUUAAUUAAGUUGAAUUUAGGGUUUCGAAAAUUUUCUCUACAGUUUUUAAAUUCUUCACCAGCUUACGUUUUUAUGAAGGAGGGCAAGCUUUUUUGAAUAUCAGUAAAAAUGGUGAAAACAAAGAUGGAAAGCAUAUUCAUGAAUCCCAUUAACGCUCAUCGUAAGGGACUCCACAAAAAGAAUUGAGAAGGACUUAUAUCAGUAAUAUUGGGCUCGGUCGCUGGCAAUGUUGUGGUAGAUUAGAGGUGUUGCAAAAGGAGGUUAGAGGGAAGGGAAGAGAGGAAAGUGAAGCAGGGUUAAAGGGACUAUUCAAAUAAGGACAACUUCUAGGAACAUCUCACCAAAAUGUAUAAUCUUCAUAGUUCCCAGAAACCUAAUUUCGAAACCCCCACUACGAACCCUCGUCUUCUUCACCUCUCUUCACUCCUCUCUCACUCUCAUAUUCAGGGACCAAAGGGUUUGAAGCUUAUCCUAAAACUUCUCUACUCUGUACUGUGUUCAUCUUUAAGCUAUGAAGUUUGUCAAGGCAGUGGUGGCAUCAGUCCUGCUAGAAAUGGUUUAAAACUUGAAGUUGAAGAGAUGGUCACUCUUUCUGCUGUAUUAUUUGAAAAGCUUGAAAAUAGAUUACUAUCUUGCUUAGAUGAGUCAUUAAUGGAUCAAGAUGUUGAUCAGACGGUAAACCAUGUAGAUAGGAAGGAUUCAGGGGAAGAAGUGCUCUUGCUUUUAAGAUGUUGUAUUCUCACUGUGAGAUUGCAGUCAUAUGCACAAGUACAGAUAGAGCAAUUGCAUUCGGUGGUUGAUUUGCUCCACCAAGUAUCUUUUCAAGGGAUAUCAUCUGCUAUAAAUGGAGGAUAUAUUAGGUUCAAUGAUCCAAUUUCUCCUUUAAGUACUUGCAGUAGCUAUACAAAUGCAUUCUCUUCAGGAGUUUGUGCCAAAUCGUCUGAUUUGAGUCUGCGUCUUUUACAACAGAUGUUGGAGGUCUACUUAGACGAGUUGUUUGCAGACAGACCUUUCCUGGAACGUAUUGCUAUUUAUGACUCUGUAUAUUCCACCAAUCAAAAUCAAUCAUCAUGUUCUUCUAUACAGAUUGACAGUUUCCUUGAACUCAUUGCUGCUCAUUUUCUUUUGUCAAAUCACGGAGAAGAUGUUCUUCAGAAUUUUACUAAUAGUCUAAUUUGGACGGAAAAGCCUACCUUUUCUUCUCCUGAAGUAAGCUUGCAUGUGGCAAUUUCACUGAUUAAUCACCCUGUCGUGAUGUCUGCUCCCGUACUUAUUCGUACACAUCUGAUCUCUUUGGCAGCUGAAGUCAUCGGCAUCAAUGUCGAUCCAGAGAAGAUGGUCCUAAAAGUUAGAUUUGUGAAUAUAUAUCUAUCUACUUUUUAUGAUUCGGUCAUUUUGUACUAUGAGCACUUGUCUAAAUUGAUGACUGGUUCUUGCGACCCAGAAAGAAUCGUUCAAAGAUCUUUCGAGUCUCAUUACCACACUCAUUCCUAUGAUAUAGUUAACUUUGUGCUUCUUGAUUUGGAUAGUGCAUGGAAAGCACGAAUUGGCUGCUUUUUUGAUAAGACAACACCCAACAUGGCAAAUGAUGCAAUUUCUUACAUAAAGAUGAAUAUCUAUAUUGUUCACGAGUCUUGCAGAGACGGUGUAUUUUCCUUUUUUAGCUCACUGAUAGCAAAACUUUUUUCUGUUGCUAACAAUAAAGUUCCGAUGCGAAGUUUUGAGGAGAUGACUGUACAAGAUAUAUGCUAUCUUGCUUCAAUUUUAAAAGUGAUGAGCUGCUCUUUACUGCAAGCUACUUACCGUGAUUUGAGUUGUGUGGUAGCAUUGUUGAAGAGAAAAUGUGCACGUUCAGCUUACAAUUCUCUAGCGGGUUUGCUGAGUUGCUUCGGAAAGUAUAACCUUCAUUUACCAAUUGAUGUCCAACAGUUCAUAGAUGAUGCCCUGAAACCACAUCUUUCAACAUGUGAAGAGUUUGAAUUAAUGUUUAUUCAUUUUGCUGGGCUUUUAUCACUUUGCAUAGUCAGUGGGUUGGAAAUCCUGGUGAGGGGAUGUUUAUUUAUUAUGCUGGCUCUCUUAAGUGCUAUGUCUUUGGAGCUGGGGAGUCUUGGGUUUUCGAGACCAUCAGAUGCCUUAGCAACAGAUUCAUUCUCAAAUGCAGUUUCACCAGACACUUUUUUUAGGUCUGGUGCUUGUAGUAUUCCUACUGAUUCUUUCGAUACUUAUUUGAAGGUUUGUGCACGUCGCACAUCCAGCCAUAGACUUGCAUAUAACUUUUUAAGAGAAAGACGGAACUUGUUGAGAAAAUGGGGGUAGUUCCUUGUAUGAUCUGAUUUCAGCCAAGCCCUGUGAUACUCAUGUCAGGAACCAAAACACGUCUACAAGUUCAGAGAUGUCAGAUGAAGAAACUUGCAACGGGGAGAAGUUCCUCAGGUGUUAUAACGCAGAUCAAGAGGCAAUUGAUGAUUUGGCUGAUUUUAUCGAGUGCAAGAAAUGGAGAGACUACAGUUCUCGUCACUUAUAUUUAGGUCGAAGACAGUGGAGUAAGCGUCAAGAAUCUGCUCUGCGGCUGCAUGGUGCAAAGAUGAAGGUUAACAGCUCUAGUAGACGUGGAAACAAAAAGAAGCAAAGGAAAGUCCACAAAUAGGGCUGGCCAUUUGGACAUGUCGAAUUAUCAACUCACUUGAAUCAAGUAUAUUUACGCAAAUUUGGCUCAUAGUCGUUGUAAGUUGAGCUUGGUUUGUAGUCGGUGUAUGCCAGGGAAUGGAUGAAAAAGGUGGCAAAUGGGUGAUAUUAGCCAAGCAUCUAUCCAUCCAUCCAGAUAUCAGUAUGUAAAAUUGUAUAGAAGUAGGUACUAAGAUUUGCUUAUUAGAAAACACAUACUUCAUCUAAUGUUGUAAUGGAGCUCUCAUAGAAGUAGAAGUAUGUUAUAGUAUCAGUAUCCGUAUGGCGUAUGGUAUCCGAUUUGAUAUCUCCUGAAGAAGCUUGGCUGUAUUUGUUGCACAUACAAAUUGUUUCUUUUGGAAAGAUCCAUGUAAAUGCAUAUAUAUGGGCCAGAUAGAAAACUUAUCGUACCAACAACACUAUCAUGUAAACCUCCAAACAACUAGAAUUCUAAAUUUUGAUUCAACCCCACCAAUCAAUUGAGAUCCGACCAUUUUUUUUUUAAUUUUUAAAAAAAGUGAAUUUUGAG